AAAUUUAAAGCAGAAUAUUUGCCCAAAUCACCCUCCUUUCUCUCAUAGUACCUCGUGCAAUGUUCAGCUUGCGUCAACCAAAAAGCCUGUUUCCUUCUCGAUUCCUCCUCUCCAAAAAACCCUAAUCUUUUUCAGUUUCUUAGAUUCACUCGUUUCCCUGUAGUUGGUGGCGCCGACAAGUCCAAUGGCUGCUGCAAUAGCCUCGCCGACUGCGGCAUCUAUUGUUUGUUCCAGCCGGAAUAAGGAUCAAACAUUCAGGUAUUCAGUAUCAAUCACAAGAGCCACGUUAUCUUUCGCUGUUGUUCCCUUUCACCAGUCUUCUUCUUCUUCUUCUUCUAUAAAGCUCUGCUCUUUUCACGGCAAUUUCCGUCGGACCAGUGAUGAUAAUGCGUUGUUUUGGCAGACAUUUGAAUUAGAUGUUUGGUAUCAGAGUAUGCAUUGCGCAGAAAUGCUGACAAGCUUCAGUGCUAGAGGUACUCAGUUUCUGCCAAGGUUUCUCUGUCCAGUAUCUUGUGAAAUAGACAGUCACAAAGAGGGAGAUGCCAAGAAACAAAGGCUUGAAUAUGCCAUUAAAGUGAAAUCAGGUGGAUCAACCAAUAGGCAUGUUUUGGAUUUCCUAAAUUCAGUCUCAUCUGAACGGAAGAUGUUGAAAAUGGAAAGAAAUCCCAAGCAUCUCAACAAUAGGGUGUCGCAAAGGAACAAAAUCGAAUAUUACCAGGUCAUCCAAUAUCCUCUUAAAACUGAGUCUACAAUGGGGAAUAUAUUACGUCACAAUACUUUGGUUUUUGUUGUUCACAAAGACGCUGACAAGAAGAGCAUAAGGGAUGCUGUAAAGAAGCUGUUUAAGAUUGAAAUGAAGAAAAUAAAUACAUCAAUCAUGCCUGAUGGGACGAAGAAAGCAUAUGUUGUGCUGACACCAAACCAUAGUGCACUAGAUUUGGCCAAAAAAAUCAAAGCUAUUUGAAUAUUAAUUUUCCAUUUUACUUCCCUUUGCAUGCCAACCUGGCGGUUGUAUAAGGUGUUGGAGUUAGAAACUGGAAGCUUAUGGUUUAUGCUUGUAUGCAGGUGGUCUUAUGCUGCAAUGGUCUUUAGUAAUUUCACCUUAAUUUUAACCGCUUUCCGGGAAGUAAGUAUUGAAUCAUUGUGGUUUGGCUAAAUGUCGUCCUGGAUGAAUGUAAUGGUUUAGCGCCUUCUUUUCCCACAAAAUCCUGGAAAAAAUUCAGUCUCUGGGAAAUAAUAAUACUUUCAAGUUUUACAUUCAAA